AUGACGCCUCUCCUCCGUCUCUUGCGCUUCGGCCUCACCUUCGCGCUGCUCCCUCGUGUCGCGGCGCGGCAAGAACACAGCACUCCCCUCUCCGUCGUCGCCUCGCACAACGCGCAUCCCUUGCCCGUGGCGCCGCAGCUGCAUCCGCCGCAGUCCGACGCACACGAGCCGAGCCCCGACGUGUGGAGCGACAUUGCCGCGACGCGCCUCGCGAGCGAGGUGCAGGGCGGCAGAUGGAGGGACUUUGUCCCCGAAAGUGUGCUGCAGGUGGUACAGGGUGCCGAGCAGGAGGCACACGGACGGGAAAGUGGCAGCGGCGAGCUGAGACGCAACGAUGGCGCCGCGUCGCCGCCGCAGCGGCAGCAGCAGCAGCAGCAGCAGCAGCGCUCGCAGCCGCAGCCGCAGUCGCAGUCGCAGCAACAGCACUACUAUGCUCCUCAAGCACCGCCCUACUCCACCUCGCCGCGGCAUGCGCAGUCCGACGCCUGUGCGCCUCAAGCGCGGUCCGACGCCCAUCUCUACUCCUCCUCCUCCACGCUCGGCGAGUCUACCUUCGACAAGCUCCUCCGCCACGCCUACUGGCUGGCCCUCUCGUCCUACCGCAGCACGCGCUACCUGCUGCGCGUGCUUCUGCUCUCUCCGCUGCGCACUCUCUAUCACAUCGCGCGCUACAGUCUCGGACACACCUGGCACACCACCACGUGGGCCGGCGAACGCGCAGUGUGGCGUCCGCUGCGCACAUUCGCCGCGCCCCUCGUCUUUCUCAUUCAGGGCUUCACCUUUCUCUUCGUCGCGACGCCGUACUGGGCCGUGCAGGUCGUCGUGAGGGAGCUCUAUCCCGUCUACAUCUUCCUAGGCGCCGCCUUGGCACUCGGCACAUCCAUCGGCCUAGGCGCCGCAGCCACGCUCUACAUCGGCAGCUUCUUCUUCUCCGACUCGGCGCCGCUCGAGCAAGACCUUUCGUCGCGCGUCGACGAGGUGCGGCGCGACGUGCCGCUGCUGCAAUCGCCGCAGCGCAGCGCGAGCGGCAAGAAGGGCAGAAAGAAGGGCGGCGGCUUGCUGGAGAGGAGCAUUAGAGAGUUGGAGAGGGCGAGGGAGAGACAGAAGAUGCAGAGCAGCGCAGGUGCGCGAGGAGGAGCGUGGGAGGAGGAAAGCGACGAGGACGACGGUUACUUUGCGCACUCGAGAGGCGCCAGUGGCUCCGCUGCGAGCGAGAGCGGCGGCGGCGGUGGGGGAGGCCAGCCGCAGCGGCGCCUCUUCGGCGCACACCGUCGGCGCGGCAUCGACAGCGUCCUCCGCACGAGCUCUGCCGACGGGCGCCACGAGCCGCGGCGGCUGGGGACACUCGUCUUCGCGAAGCGGCAGUGGUGGCGGCAGCACGAGCAGCAGUCCGGCCCUCAGUCCGGCGGCGACUAG